AUGCAUGCAACGGACUAUCAAUUUUUGCGCUACAAAGGAAAGCUUGCUGCCGCGGACUCACUAAGGAUUGAGGAGCAAGAGAAAGGACUGUGGAUGGCAUUCAUUUUAUGGGUUGACAAUACUCCUUCUGAUAAUGCUCUUGAAAAAUUUCGCUCGGAUCGUGGAAAAAGUUGUGAAUACGAUUUUCUUAUUGGAACCCCACCAUAUCAGAAAUCUUCAAGAAGACACUUGCUUCGUUUUAGAGAUGAAGACGUUUUUAUUCCACAAUUGUUGAAUGCCUCCUUUUAUAGUGUUUAUAUACCGCCCGGCUGCUCGCCAAGCAUUGUCACGUCAUCGGCUUUUUGGAAAAAGAGUAGCGUU